GAAAAAUUACACAAUUCAUUUCAAACAGAAAAGAUAUUCUUUUAUUUCCAACAACCACAUUAACAGCUGGUGAUUGGCUGAGGGAACAACUCAAAACGCAAUAUUGCUGUUAUCGCUAAAUCAAUGUUAUUGUUUUUAUUCAAAAUCAAAACGAGACAUUAUAUGAGACACCAUAAUGAAGUUUGAUUACUCACAAUUUUUUCGUGAAGAAGAAGACCAUAAUGAUGAACUACUGGAGCAACAAUAUCAAGAAUUUUUCGAAGUAAUACGCAUCUAUUUAAUCAUUGUCUUAAUAUUGACAAUGCUUUGUUUCAUAUCCAAUGCCAUCAUAUCGAAAUAUCGAAAUAGAGAUCUCAAUUCCGAGGUUCCCUCAACUCGACAAGAUCGACUUACCUAUUAUGUAGCUGUAAAAUUAUGUAUGUUUGGCCUGGCUAUUGCAUUGGCCAUUGGUCUUCUAUUGCCGAUGACCAUCAUUUCUAAUGAAAUCAUCCUAAUCUAUCCGGAAAAUCAAUACCCGAAUUUACGAUGGUUAAAUGAUAAGCUAAUCAAGCAGCUAUGGCAUUGUAUAUUUAUCUUUUCAAAUUUAUGCUUCAUUUUGAUUCCGUUUUCAUAUUUCUUCGCCGAAUCGACUGGAUUUUCGCGAUCCACUGAUAAUUUCUUUUCACGAAUUUUGCAAGCUUUUCUGGAAACAACCUUAACGUUAACCAUAUUGUCAUCUUGUAUAUUCAUCGGUUUAUCAUCUAUAUUUCCCAUAUUUCAACCGAAUUUCUUACAGUUAAUCACAUUUUGGUUAAAUUUUCCAUUCCUCUAUUCUUGUAUAUCAUUUGCUGGAGCCAUUCUACUAUUGGUUUGUACACCAAAAGGCAUUUUAAAUCUGGUCAUUUUGCUAGACGAAUACAUGACACGUCCAUAUUCAGUCAAUUCAACAGCCGAAAAAUAUGAUCGAAUUCUUAUUAAAGAAACUGUGUUGCUUAGUCGUCAGCAGUUGCUCAUCCGAUAUCGAAAUAAAUAUGGCGAUAAUGCAUCGAAAGUUUUUUCAAUCGAUCUCCUUCCAUUGAUCAAAGAUUCGAAAUUAAAUGAUCUAAAGUCUUUAUCUCCAGAAGCUUUAGUCGAUACAAUUGAAAAACAUGAAAACCAACGGCAAAAACUGUCUAUGAAAUUGUCCGUUUCAUGGAUUCGUUCAAAAAUUCCUUGGUUAAUGUAUCCGCUUGCGAUGGCAUUAUUGAUUGUUACAACGGCAUUUUCUUGUGCCAUUGUGUUGAUAAAUUUGUUGGUAACAUUGUUUAAUUUCGAAGAUACAAGCGCUGAACCAUUAGUGUUGGGUAUCGCUUCUUUCUCAAAGAUGGGCUUGUUAGGAGCAUCAGUUCAAACAUUGUUAAUUUUUUACAUUUGGUGUGCAUCACUUGUUGGUUUAUAUUCAUUACCUGGUCUUGGAUGUCUUCGACCGAUUGCAGGUCAGACACCAUUCUUCAAGAUAAUGCUAAAUUGCCUUUUGGUCCUGAUAUUAAGUUCUGCAUUGCCAAUAUUUUUCCGUACAGUUGGCAUCACCAAUUUCGAUCUUUUCGGUAGUUUCGGCCAAAUUGUUUGGAUACGAAACUAUCAUUUAGUAUUGGGCUAUAAUGGCGCUUUUCUGGUUGCUCUCACACUAUGUCUCUGUCAUAGUAUUGUACUAAAAUUGAGCAAAGAAUUCUUCUACCGUUGUCAUCGGCUUUAUUGCUAUCUGAACGAAUUGGUCAAAUCUUUUCCUAAACAAUUUAAUCGCUUUAAAACUAUCUGUAAAAAUGGUCGUAUUUCAUGGAAUCGUAAUCAUCCUGGGCAAAAUUCUAUCACUCAUCCAAACCCCUCUGGAUCAUCAUCUUUAUCGAAUAGCCGGCUAAAGUCUUUCUAUUUUCCACUUAGUAAUUCUCUGUGCAUUGUAUUUACAUAUUUAAUGUCAUUAUUACAGCUACGUAAAACGCUACAUUCAACGGCUACUUCACCAAUGGCAAUCGAAAAGAAAUUGUCCUAAUUUCAUCUUUAUUUAACUUUAUUUUUAAUCUCAUUUGAAUCUAACAAAAAAAAUUUGAUUUUCUAUUUAGUCAUUAAUGUCAAACAUCUCACCGAACACACAUCAUUCGUAACUUGAAAGGGCUUUAUCCCAUUAAAUCGUUCUAUAUAAAAUCUA